UGUCAGGAGGACACAGAACAGACCCUAUUCCCAUCUCAGCAGGGCCCUGGUCCCAGCCUAAGCCGGGCCUAAUUCUGUGCGUCUGACUCAGCCUCGGGUGCACAGGACAGCGGGGUCUGCCAGCCAACCAAUUGUGAGACACCUCCCUUUGGCCACCGUCCAAUUACUUUUAUUUUCCUAUCUUUCGUCGCCUUGGAGGCCGCUCUCUUCCCGCGCCUGCAGUCCCAGAGAGGGGCGGGGCUGAUAGGGCAUUGCUAAGCGACAAAGAUGCGCUCCGAGUGAGUCCGGUGACCGAGCAGAGCAGGCGGAAUCGGCGAGGUAGCUGCGGGAUGGACCGCAGCUUGCCAGUUUUCUCCACCCAAGACAGUACUUUGGGGGACGGCCCCCUGGGUCGAAGCCACUUCUGACCUGGCACCCCAAGAUGAGGACACCCAACAGAGAGUGCUGUGUUCCAGCCCAGUAGCAAGGGAGUGACAACUAGAGGGAAGGAAGACAUGAUGAGAGAUGGGGACCCUGAGCUCAUCCAGGUCCCAGAGAUCCAGGCUCCCAGAGGCUCCCAGGGCUCUGGCCACAGGUCCCAAAUCCCCUGAGCUGUUUGAGGAGUCCUGGCCAUCCAGCUCAGGGACCUCUUCCCCACCCAGCACCACUGAGGGACAGAUGAGAGCCUCUCCACCACUCACCGUGACUGACAGCGGGGACUCUGUGGUGGCCAAGUACAUAAACCGGUUCCGACAGGCUCAGCCCACAAGCCGAGAGGAACGCAAGUCUGCAGGCCCAACCCCAGCUGACUUUUGGUGGCUGUGGCCUGAAUCACCAGACCCCAGCAGUCAGCUUGCAGCAGGAGCCAAUGAACCAGAAGGAAGACGCAACACAGCAGUCCCGACUCGUGCCAAGGUGGCCAGCGCAUCACAGACUAUGGCCCCCCUUCAGGAAAUAAAGCAGAGCCUCAACACGUGGAACUCAUCCCUGCUGGACUUGGAGACACUGAGCCUGCAAAGCAGAGCUGCCAGGCUGCUCAAACGCAGCAAGGCCUCCAUCUCUUCCUCCUCCUCCCUCAGCCCCAGCGAUGCCGGCAUCUCCUCAUUCCCCGUCAGCUCUGAUGGCCUCUCUCCCUUCUCCAUGACCUUCACUCAUGACUCCAGCAAGGGCUCUGACCCCAAGGCACGAGCAACCCCAGCACCUGCCCCCAUCCCUACUCCAUCCCCAGUCUCCUCCCGGGCACCCCUGCGGCAAGAGGAUGACAUUCUGUACCAGUGGCGGCAGCGGAGGAAGCUUGAACAGGCUCGAGGAAGCCAGGGUGAUGGAACCUGGGUGCUGCCCCAGACCCCUGCCCUCACCCCUACGGUCCCUAUCCCCAACUGUCUACAGACCUCUCCUGCCCCUGCGGAGACCCUUGGUUCCCUGGGAACCCAGCCUAACUGCAUCCCGCUUUGGGGCAGUGUGGCUCCACCUGGUCCCCGGGAAGCCUUCCACUUGGAGAGGCCUCCUAUUCCCCCAGGGUUCUCUCCACAUAUCUUUUGGGGCCACAGCCCCCAUGGAUUCUUCUGGGCCCCGCAGCCCGGUUCCUGGGUAUCUCUUGGGGCCAUCCCUCCCACGGCCGCGGCCUCCACCCCAGCGCCCCCAGCCUCCACUCCUGCGCCUCCAGCCUCAACCACUGCGCCCUCUGCCUCCACUCCCGCGCCCCCUGCCGCCCCCCAGGGCCCGCCCACCCCUGCACCAUGCAGCCCAGCCGAGCUCGAGAGGCAGAGCUCCAAGCCUCGAAGAAGCAGAGCCCAGCGCCGGGAGUCUGCUGGGCGAAUCACGGAAGCGGACGAGGGCCCUGGCCCGCAACUCAGAGGCGCGCUGGGCCAAGUAGUGGCGGCUCGGCUGUUUCCGGACAGCCUGGAGGACACGCCCCCUCGCCAAGAGGGCCAGCCUCCGCCCGAGGCUGAAUCUCAGAAAGUCAAGGCCACAUGCCCUCAAACCGAGACUCGGUCCUCUCGUUCAGAGGUCACGGCCCCUCCAUCUGAAUCACGGUGUCCCCAGGCAGAGACCCCGCAGGAUUGGUCUAAGGCCGAGUCUCGGAACGCCAAGGCCGUGCUCCCCCUAGUGGGAUCGGUGCCUAGGAAGGACAAAGACACUUUCUUGGCUGACGUCGGGUGUAAGCCGCCCAAGGUCCGGCCUCAUCCAGCUGAGGAGGCGGCCACUUGUGUUGAGGCCCCGCCCCGUCCAUUCAAGGAGGGGGCUCUUGAAGUUGUGGCCACGCCCUCAUCCGCUGAUGGCCACGCCCCCUCAGAGGACGUCCUCGCCCAGGCUGCCAGACUUCUGCAGGCUGCGGAAGACUCCGACGGCAGCGAGUUCCAGGACGACCCUAUACUGCAGGUGCUAAGGGUUCAAAGGGCGGAGCUGCGGCGGCAGAAAAGGAAAGUAGAUGCCCAGAUAUCCCGCCUGCUGGGCCACACUGAAGACCCAGGGUCUUGGUCUCCUCCAGCCAGGUCGCCUCCCGGGUCCCCAAGGAUGCAGCUGAGGAGGGAAGGAGACUCUCUUGAGGCCAGACGACUUUGAAUUGUACAGAUUCUAUUUUUCCUAAUACAUUUUUUUUUUCAGGUUACUGGUUGUCUCUGAGAAAGAAGUUGUUUUGGAAAGUCCAAGGGUCAUGCUAAUUUAGGGAAAUAGCUCCCAUGCCCCACCUCCCCUCCACACACACCCUAGCUCUGCCCUGCCCCACCUCACCCUAGUUUCUGACCACUGAAGCAAAGUCUCUUCUGGUUUCAUCCUCUGUGAGGGCAGGAGAGGGGUUCCGGGCAAGACUGGGACUCACCUUAUCUGACCUUCAACUUAGGAGUGGAUCCUCUUGUCUCAGAUGAGACCAAAGGAACUGUCCCCUGGGUAUGAAGCUUGUAGAGUCAUCAGAGUGUUGGACAAUGGUCAGGCCUCAGUCCACAUCCUGCUUGACCCAGCAGCAGCAUUUGGUGCUCUGAUCCCCACCCCCUCCUUGAAGCACUUCUUUUCCUGGCUUCCAGAACCCCAGCCCUCUCCUCACCUCUCUGGUUGUGCCUCCUCAUUGUGCCUCACACCUGUCACUUUAGUGUGUCCCAGGGCCCUGGCCUUGACUUUUCUAUCUACAGUCAAUCCCAGGUGCUCUCAUCUGGCAUCAUGGGCUCUAAACCCCAUCUCUUUUCUGAUAGUCCACAAAUUUCUAUCUUCAGCCUAGAACCUCAGGUUCUUGUACCCUGCUACUUGCUCAUCAUCCACACAAAAAGGUCUAAGAGAUGUCUCAAACUCCACAGAUCUUAAUCUUCCCCCUAAACCUGCUCCUCCCUCCCUGACUCUCAGCUCCAACCUUCUACUUGCUCAGUCAGAAGCCUCACAGCUGUCAUUGACUCCUCUCGUUCCCUCACACCCACAGUCAGUUGACCAGCAAGUUCUAUCAUCUCUACCUUUAAAAUCUCUCCAGAAUUUAACCCUGCCUUUCUCCCCAUUCCACUGCCCCACCCCAGUCUAGGCUAUCGUCACCUGUCCGGACUAUUGUGAAAAACCUAUUGUUUUAUCUGUGACUACUUUGACACAUUUCCCAUCAAAAAAGUAGAGUCUAUGUCCCUUCUUGAAACUGGGUUGAACUUUGUGACUGCCUCCACAAAUAAAAUGCAGAGGAAGUGAUAUUACUUUAACUUUCUAAAUUGGAUUAGAAAAGAUGAUAUAAUUUCCACCUGUUUUUCUCCCAGUCUCUCUUCUCUCUCCAUCUCUCCCCGUCCCCCUCCUUUUGGAGCCCUGGGAUGCCAUAUUAAAAGUCCAGUUGCCAUCCUGGAUAAGGAUUUUGACUACAAAGGUGUCAAAAUUCAGUGAAAUUUAUGAAUUGCAUGGUAUGUAAGGUUUACCUCAAAAGAAAAAUAAAUAUUGAACUCCAAUGAAGCAUAUGCAUGCUGAAGUAUUUAGAAGACAGUAUACAAUGUUUUUAAUUUAUUUUGAAAUGCAUCCAAAAAUUAGAUUAAUGGAUGAAUAGAGUAAUAGGUAGAUGUGAGAUAAAGCAAAUAUAGUAAAAUGCUAAUGGUAGGAUCUAAGUGGUGGGUAUGUGGGUGUAAAAUUGUUCAGCUUUGCUGUAUGUUAGAAAAUUUUUAUAAUAAAAUGUUGGAGAAUA